AUGCUGCGCCACGCUGCGCGCGGCGUGGCGCGGGGCCUGGCGCCCGGGAGCGCAGGCAGUGGGCGGCCUGCCCUGGCCUGGGCGUCCGAGCGCGGCGUGCACUCCUCGCCGGCCGUCGCGGGCGGCAACAGCUACGAGAUCGACCACACGCAGCGCAAGGAGCCGAAGGACCUCGGGGAGGCCAUGGACUGGACGUUUCGGCAGCUCUUCCUGACUGACUGCUGGCGCGGCAUGUCGCUCUGCAUGAAGUACUUCUUCGACAAGAAGGUCACCAUCAACUAUCCCUUCGAAAAGGGCGCCAUCUCGCCGCGGUUCCGCGGCGAGCACCUCCUGCGACGCUACCCCACCGGCGAGGAGCGCUGCAUCGCCUGCAAGCUCUGCGAGGCCAUCUGCCCCGCACAGGCCAUUACGAUCGAGGCCGAGGAGCGCGAGGACGGCGCGCGCCGCACGACGCGCUACGACAUCGACAUGACCAAGUGCAUCUACUGCGGGUUCUGCCAGGAGGCCUGCCCGGUCGACGCCAUCGUCGAAGGCCCGAACGCCGAGUUCGCCACUGAGACGCGGGAGGAGCUGCUGUACGACAAGCAGAAGCUGCUCGAGAACGGCGACAAGUGGGAGAUCGAGGUCGCGAAGAACAUCAAGUCCGAGUCGAUGUACCGCUGA